UGCCAAUCCAGCCUACUGUACUGAGAUUUAUCAUGAACCAUGUACAGAUCUGAAUCCACCGGCCCAACUAAACGAGUGAUUUUUCACAACACCGAAGCAUUUAAAAGACUGAAUAGAGUGGAUCAAAACUUGAUUCAACUUUUGGGUACAGAGUAAGUCACGCGGAGUUCACAGGAGGAUUUUCCACUCUUGAAUGACAAAAGCGAGCCCGUGGGAAAAACUCGCGCCUUUACAAGAUGGAUAAAAGAACGGGACUGUUUCAACCGUGCGUUUUAUGUCUCGCGCUUGUGAUGGUCUGUGAGAGCCGGGUGGUGAAGGUUCCAGUUGGUCCACUAUUGCAUGUCGAGGGGCAGGCUGUGUCCAUUCGCUGUGAUGUGUCAGAGUACGAUGGACCCAGAGAUCAGGAGUUCGAGUGGUCUAUGUUGCUUGCUGGUGACCAGCAGCGCCAUCUUAUCUCCACAUUUGACAGCACUUACACUGACCCUUCAGUGAGGGACCGGGUCAACAAUGCUGACAUCAGUUAUAGUAAGCUUGGGGAUGCUGCUGUGGAACUAAAAUUCAAGAAGGUCAGAGCAACAGACAGCGGCGUCUAUCGUUGCAGUACCCCGAGCACAGAUUCGGUCUUUAGUGGGAACUACAAUGCUGAUGUGGAGCUCAAAGUAAUUGGGGACAGUCUGAAGGUGGCUCCAGCCAUACCCAAACCAACAGUGUCUGAGGGAGAAUCUGUGGAGCUUCACUGCAACGCUACACGAGGCUUUACAGAGCACACUUUCCUCUCAGUCACCUGGUCUAUCAGAAAAGGGAAGAACCCAUUAGUGGAAAUCUUGACAUUUGGACCAGAUGAUAAGAUCGUAGUAGGGAGCAACUAUGUCCAGCGUAACUCAGACAAUGGGCUUCAGCUGGACCUUCGUGGAGGGGGCUUUUAUGGACUGGUCCUGAAAGGAGUACAGCCAACAGACCAAGGAGAAUACGCAUGUACGGCCCGCGAGUGGGUGAGGCAGGGUGAAGGAAGAAACUGGCAGAAGAUUCUGGAAAGGACUGAGGAAAUGGGAAAGGUCGUGGUUACGCCCACAGCCCAGUCUCUGGUGGUUGCCGUGGAGAAGAAUGCUACACUCAACGUGGAGGACACCCUGAAUCUGACCUGCAAAGUGUCUGCUAAUAGCCUGCCCUCUCUCAGUAUGGAAGUGAUGUGGCUGGUCAGAUCAGUCGAUGGCUCCGGCAGCCCACGGGUUCUGAUCCAUAUAGGACGUGAUGGGCUCUUACAGAAUGGGUCAGAAGCUGUGGGUGUGAGCAGAGUCAAUGCAGGAAACUUCCGACUGCUCCUUCACAAGGUAGAGCUCUCGGAUUCUGGACUGUACUCCUGCCUUGUCAAGGCCUGGCUUCCACAGGGCAAUGGAAGAUGGUACCAGGCAGCGGAGAAAACAUCUGACCCAGUACAAGUUCUGGUGACCCAUCUAGAGCCGCAGUUUAAGGUGACCCUAGAAGCCCCUCUGACCCCUCAAUUCACCAGUGACCCUACUGAGCUACGCUGUCAGGUGACUGACCUCCUCCACCUUCAAGCUGGCCAUCUGGGCGUGUCCUGGUCUUUCUCCAUUAACACACCUGGAGAUGUGUCUGAGAAGAAGAGUACGAUAGCCUCCCUGAAUGAACAUGGAGCUCUGAUUACUGGCAGUGAGUACCAGCGGAGGCUGGAGAGAGGAGAAAUAGUAUUGACCAGAAGAGAACCCAACAUCUUCAAUCUGCGAGUGCUUCAGACUCGAGACACAGACAUGGGCUCUUAUUUUUGCAACGUGACUGCAUGGACUCCUACCCGGCAAGGAGGAUGGGAAAAAGCAAAGGAUGUCCAGUCAACUCCUGUGACUGUUCAGUGGUCACCAAAUAUGCCGGUUUUGCAUGUAGUAGCCCAUCGCGUGAGAGAAGCUUCCACCGGUGGAUCCACAUUUGAGAUGAGCUGUCAGGUGACUGGUCAGAGCCUGCAGAGUCCUGGUUACUCUGUUCUCAUCCUCUUUGAGGAGACAUUGGGAGGAAAGUCACGCAAAGUUUUAUCACUCAGCCCAGACUCAGUCCUGCAGCUAGAGGAGUGGAGCGAGCCGAGCCGGAUUGACAGUGUGGUUCUGGAGAAGACCGGGCAGCUUGAGUACCGCUUCCGUUUGUAUGGGGCGCUUGUCUCGGAUCGUGGGUUCUAUUAUUGCUAUGUAACAGCCUGGACUCGUGACAAGAGCCAAGACUGGAUCAAAGCCAUCAGUGCGGAAUCCAACAAGAUCGAGAUUGCUUUUGCAGACACAGGUCCAGUAUUCAACAUAUCCAUUCAUUCAGAUGCCAACAAGGUCUUACCUGGAGAGACAGUCAAAAUGAAGUGCAUCAUGUCCACGCUGGCCACCACUCCGAACACUGGUGACGUGGCAUUUGACAUACGCUGGUUCCAGCGUCCACAGCGGGCUGUAGAUAAUGGAGGCAUCACACCUCUCAUCAGUAUGGACCGCUGGGGUGUGGUGAAAAAGACUGGCUCAAAUGACAGCACUCAGUGCAGUCUUGAGCGCACCAACUGGCAGACGUUUGUCCUCAGUGUGCACAAGACCCAACACGGGGAUGUGGGAGAAUACUACUGUACUGCCACACCUUGGCUCCUGUCCCCUGCUACCGGAGCAUGGACCAAGGGACAAGAUCUCACCUCUGCUCCUGUGUUUCUCUCUGUCAAUAUAGAAUUGUGGGAAUCGCUGAAGAUGCCUUUGGGAUAUGGUGUAGUUGCUGCUGUGAUCGCUGGGUUUCUCUCAGUGCUGUUAGGUCUCGCUGUUGCCCACUGCUGUUUCUCCAGGAACCCCAUGCACACGCCCCGCCCCCGCAACCAAAAGCUUCCGAAGCUAAUGGAUCUGGAUAUGGAUUAAACCAGCCACCUUCCCACGGCUGUGGCCCGUCCUUGCACUAAAACGCUACAACCACCUUGUAUUACACCACUGGACAGGGUGUCCUGACAUGGAUAUGCACAUUGCUUAAAAAGAGUUUGACAACCUGUUCGAUCAUCACUGUGUUCACACAAGAGAGUAAUACAUUUAUUAUUCUCAGGAAUUGUGCACUGUGGCCCAAGCAGCAAUGUUACACUUACAGCAAUGUUGCACAAUUGAUAAUUAUUCGUUUUUCAUGGGAAUCAUGGGAAAGACUGCAAUAAAAGAGCCAAGAAUCACAGAGUCGCUCUGCCCUACGAUUCUGGCUGAAACUCUGUAUCAAAUUGUAGACUGACCUUUUAAACCGCUGUCAUCUCCAGAGGCUUGAUUUUUCAUGUUGCCUUUGGAUAUACGCUGUGGCCCGCCCCUUCCUGCCUGUCAGAGUUAUGUCCCCAACAGUUGGGGCCCCUGAAAGGGUUGACCUUCCCGGUCUAAGGGCAAAGGUGGAGAGAUAAGUUGGCUGAUGGAUGAGCGCUCCAAGACUGACACUGCAACCUUGUGGGAUCCAGAAGUGACCAAUUAAUGCACAGCACUCUCAGACAGACCAGAAGCCUGUCAAUCUGUGGCUUGGCUUUAAAAAAAAUGCUUGACUGGUUAGAGGCAUUUUACUGGCCCACAUAACAGAGAUCCACAUUGUUGUCAUUAACUCUUUCCUAACCUGUUCUUUCCUCCCCACAAACAAUGAGAAACAUGAAUAUCAGUUACCAAGACAUUGUUUUAGUUUUUUUUUUAUAGCAAAAUGCACUCAUUGCACCCUCACUUACAUGGCUGACCCGCAAUGACGUGGUUGUAGUAGAUCCUUUUGUGCACAUGCUCGCUUUAAUCCACCAUGUGGUGAGCCAAGUAUUUUCAGAGAGGUGAAGCUGUUGAAAUGCACACUACUGCACACAAUGAAGUGGUUUCACUGUAGUAUCUCAGAGUGAGAGUGCCAUCCAGACCCACAUUUAUAGAGAAGUCAUUAGAAGGGAAUUUUCCGCAUUGUUGCUUUAUGAUAAAUGUAAGUUGUUGUUUUUUAAAAAAAAAAAAAUCUGUUUUUAAGUUCUGUGAAUUUGUAUGUGCUUUUUUUCAUCUGAUUUUUUUUUUUUUUUUUUUUUGGUCAGUGAUAGAUUCCAGCUCUCAAAAUAAAAACAAAACAUGAAAACCAACGUAAAAUAAUUCUUUAAUAAAACUUUUUAAAAUGCUUGAGUUGACUUGAGGCCUAUGUUUGUCCCACAUUUCUGCAAAACCCCUGGGAAGUGCAUCUGUAUACUCUAAAUUAUUAAUGAAGAUUUAUUUUAUAUGCAUGGUAUUGCAGUCUGUUGUAUUUCUGAAUCUUUCCUUCCCUCUCAUUGCUCUCCAUUCCAAUUUUACUUUUCUUCAUGUACUUUAGCUGUUCAUCUGUACAACAGCCUUCAUCAUCCCUUUUCUUUUAAAUGAAUGGUUCAUCCAAAAUAAAUUCUGUAAUUUACUCAUCCUCAUCAUUUUCCGAACCUGUAGGCUAUGUUGUCCCCCCGCCCCAUGAAACACUUAAGGAGAAUCUUUGAAAAAUCUACAAACAGCUUUUUUCCAUGCAAUUACAAUUAAUACUGACCAUGGCUGUCAAAUGUAUAUGCUUAAUGUUUUGUCAUUGUCAUUUCCACAAUUCAUUUUUUUGUAGUAUUUGAGAACUGCCAUUUCCUCUUUGCCAUUACUUUCACUUUAGAUUUGAGAAUAUUCAAUAAGCCCGAUUGUUGAAAUCCGCACUCUGCACAUCUGUAAAUAGGAAACUUUUACUUUGCUCUACCACUAAAUAUUGAUUUUCAACAUGGGAAUUUCCUUUCCCACUUUAGGAAUGCUUAUGAAAGUUCUCAGUCAUUGUGGAACGCCAGCCAGGCUUUAUCCGACAUGGUUUAAAACAUUUUUAACUUGUUUAACGACUCAGUAUGCAAAUAAGCAGCCGAGUCCUGCCUUGGGGGGUUUGCCCUUCUGCAUUGACCUACAGUCAGUGUUGUAUAAAGUAUCCAUUUGUCAUACUUGAGUAAAAGUAAAGUUAACUUCAUGGAAUUCUGACUUAGGACAUUUUCUUGUGAGCAACAUUAACUUUUACUUAAGUAAAAGUAAUAAAGCAACUGAUAUUGAAUUUACUUAAGUAUCAAAAGUACAAGUAUACUGCAUAAAUUACAGAACAUUUCAUUAAACCCAUGGCAACUUAUUUGAUUGUAUUGCUCAUUUACUCACCCUCAUGCUAUACCAAAUGUGUUUGACUUUCUUUCAUCUGCAGAACACAAAUAUUUUUAGAAGAAUAUUUCAGCUCUACAUGUUAAUUCAAUGCAAGUGAGUGGUGGGCAGAUAUUUCAAGCAACAAAAAGCACAUUAAGGGAGCAUAAAGUUAUCCAUACUACUACAGUG